AUGCUCCUCAGCUCACCUGGCGAGCUGGAGCCAGGCGCGAGCCCUGUGUUCCGCGUCCUGCGUUUGGGGAGCGUGCCGGGCAAGAGUGACCCGCCCGUGGUGGAAUCCAGCCCCUCGCCUGUGGCACGCAUCUCCAGGAAUACUCGAGGCUGCGCUGAGAUCCUGCAUCGCACGGUGGGGAUGUCCGAGAGCCCCGUGGGGCCCAAACCCGCGACGCUCCGGACCGACAUGCCGGCGGCACCUGCCUUUCAGCGGGCGUUCACGUCCUCCUGCACCAUCUCCAGCAGCAGCCCCGGCCAGCAGCGGGACAGCCCUUCGUCUGCUGAGCUCCCGUGGGUGGAGAGCAGCCCCAAAGCCACGCUGGCUCUGCUGGGGAGCAGCCGGCCGGCAGGAAGCCUCCUUGGCUCCGGAGAGUUUCCCAGCCCCAGCCCCGACGGCCCCGGGCGGCCCCACCUCCCGCCCACGGAGCUCCAGGCCUCUUUCCACAACCACGAGCUGUCCCUGGCGGAGCCCCCUGAAGCUCUGGGCCCCCCGAGUGGCCAGGCUUUCCUGAGUUUCGGCACAGCCCCCGUGGGAAGCGGCCUUCCCCCCGGGGAGGACCCGGGCGCCUUGCUGGCUCAUUCCCACGGAGCACCCCAGGCCCCUGGCACCCCGCGGACAACAGCAGUGGCCGACAACGGCUUCCUGUCCCACGGCUUUCUCAUGACGCCUGGCCAUGGCGGCCACCACAGCCCGGUCCUGCUGGGCCAGGGCCUGACCCUGCCCGGGCAGCCGCCCCUUCCUGAGAAGAAGCGAGCCUCAGAGGGGGACCGGUCUUUGGGUUCGGCCUCCCCGUCCUCGAGCGGCUUCUCCAGCCCGCACAGCGGGAGCACCAUGAGCAUCCCGUUCCCAAACGUCCUCCCGGACUUCCCCAAGCCUUUGGAGGCUGCAGCGCCCUCCCCAGAUAAUCCGGGUGAUAAGCAUGUGUCUGUGAACUUUGUCCAAGACACAUCCAAAUUCUGGUACAAGGCGGAUAUCUCCAGAGAGCAAGCCAUCGCCAUGCUGAAGGACAAGGAGCCUGGCUCAUUCAUUGUCAGGGAUAGUCACUCCUUCCGAGGGGCCUACGGCCUGGCCAUGAAGGUGGCCACUCCUCCCCCUUCCGUCCUGCAGCUCAACAAGAAAGCGGGAGAUCUGGCCAAUGAACUUGUUCGGCACUUUUUGAUCGAGUGUACCCCGAAGGGAGUGCGGUUGAAGGGGUGCCCCAACGAACCCUAUUUCGGGAGCCUCACGGCUUUGGUGUGUCAGCAUUCCAUCACGCCCUUGGCUUUGCCCUGCAAGCUGCUCAUUCCAGACAGAGAUCCGUUGGAGGAGAUAGCCGACAGCUCUCCCCAGACAGCAGCCAACUCGGCCGCGGAGCUGCUGAAGCAAGGGGCAGGUCAGUCUCUGGCUUCACGUGCUCCGUCCUAGUUCCUGGGCGGAAGG